ACAGACAGGGUACAAGGGUUUUAGCUUCAGCACCAUUUUCCUCUCGCCGUUCAAAAUUCCAACACACACACCCAUGGCAACCGGUUCCCGAUUGUUCCUGAUCCCCGCUGCGAGGCCCGUUCUCUGCAAAAACGUCUUCUUCAUUUCCUCUUAUUCUACUCGCACGCUCGAACUGUGCGAAUCAUCAUCGUCUUCCUCUUCCUCUGCGCUCGCAGAGGAAGAGUCCCGAAACGUGAGGGUUUGGGCUUGGUGGGACGUCAAAAACUGCCACGUGCCCCCCAAUUUCGACGCUUCCAAAGUUGCCCCCAAAAUCAUGGAGGCAGUGAGAGCCAACGGCAUCAAAGGCCCUCUCAACAUCACUGCCUUUGGCGACGUUCAGCUACUCACCCGGGCCCACCAGGAAGCACUCGCCUACACCGGCGUUCGCUUCACCCACGUUAACGAUGGAAAGAGUAGUGCCGAUAUUCUUUUUGACUUAAUGUAUUGGGUUUCGCAAAACCCUCCACCCGCGCAUAUACUCUUGAUAUCCGGCGAUAGAGACUUCGCCGGCGUGUUGCAUAGGUUGAGAAUGAGUAACUACAAUGUCUUGCUCGCUACUCCAGAGAGCGCGCCUGGUGUUCUUCACAGUGCUGCCACGAUAGCGUGGCAAUGGUCUUCGAUGCUCAAGGGAGAAAAUCUUACUGGAAAAUGUUUCAACCAUCCACCUGAUGGGCGGUAUCGUUCUUGGUAUGGAAGCUACAAGCUGACGGCUUGUCUUGAAAAGCCGGCUCCGGUUGUGGCUCAGGAGGCUUCUGCUGCUGCCUCUUUGCCCAAUGUGGAGGCUUACGAGCCUUCUUCUUCGGGUUUGGGUUCGGUUCCGAAAUCGGUUGUGAAGCAGGUUAGGCAUAUAUUGAGUUUGCAUCCAGAAGGGAUAGGCAUUAGUGUUCUUCGCGCCGAGUUGGCAAAGUGUGGUGUGCGUUUGGAUAAAGGUUUCUUUGGACAUAAAAGGUUUUCCCGCUUUCUGUUGUCGUUGCCACAUGUACAGCUUCAGCCCAGUGGUGAUGCUAAUUUUUCUGUGCAUUUGGUUCCUUGGGAAUUCCCAGAACCUUGUGAGAGUAUUCCUGUGGCAUCAACAAUGUCUGGUGCGAAUAGUGAGGAGAAAGGAAGUGCAGCAACUCCAAAGGUAAACGGUGAGGAUAAAAGAAAGGUUAGGGUUGCUGAUGAGAAAUUCUCAAUCACCUCGAUCCUUGAAAGGAGUUCGGAUGACAAUUUAAAGCCAGUCCAACCGGGGCUUUCACAAGGGAGAUCCAAUGAGGAAUAUAUGGAUGGUGAAUCAUCAUCUCCUGUAUUGGUUGAAAAACAUGUUUGUCAGCCACCAAAUGAGUUGCAGAAAUCUUCUGUAGCUUCUGACAAGGUUGUGAAUGUGGCUAAUGCACAACAAUCAGAGACUCAACUGCCACCCAAGGACAACAAAGAUUCCGAAACGAAGAUGGAUUCCUUAAAAGUGACUUCUCAAAAAUCGUCUGUUGAAGACAUUGUUAGGUCUGAGGUUGCAAGUCAUAAAAGUAAGGGAAAAAAUGCAACUUCAGUGAAUCACUCAGCUGGAAAUGGUCAAUCAAUGGCGGAAGACUAUGUUAUCACAAAUUAUGAAUCUGGAGAUGUUGAAGCAGAGAACAAAUAUGAGGAUCCAACUAGAAUGGAGGUUGAUGAAGUUGUUCACAGUCCAUCUUCUUCACCAGUUGAUGGCUCUCCAGUUGUCCAAACACCUGCUGGAAGUCCUGAAACUAAUAACAGAAGUCCAACAUUCUUUAGAUGGAUUAGAAGUUUGUGGCCAUUUGGGAAAAGCAAUGAAAAGUAUGAUGAUUUGAUCGCUAAUCAGAACAAGCUGGUUAGCCAUGUUGAGGAUUCCAAGUUAUCUGAACUGGACCCGACUGUUAGUCAAUCUGAAGAGCCCAAGUUAUCAGAACUGGAUCAGAAUGUUAGUUAUGUUGAAGAUUCCAAGUUAUCUGAAUUGGACCAGACUGUUAGGCAACUUGAAGAGCCCAAGUUAACAGAAUUGGAUCAGAGUGUUAGUCAUUCUGGAAAGCCUGAGUUAUUUUCUAGUGCUUCCUUUUGGAAUGAUAUGGAAUCUUUCAUUUUUGCGCCCAAGGGAUCACUUCUUUUCUCCCAGUCAAGAAGCAGGGAGGAUGUGGUGCAUAAAUUACAAAAUGGUGGACCCCUGGUUCUUAGAUCACUCCCCAAAGAAGACUUCCUUCAAUUGGUGGAAUUGUUAAUAACAGAGAAAAAAUGGUUGGAGGAAAGCCCCUCCAAAACAUUUCCUUUUAAGAUAACUCAACCUGUUCAGAAGAAUUCAUUGGUGAAAUCCCAUGGUGCAAAUGCUUUGAGAUCUCUCUUUAUAGGUAGAAGAACAUCACAGUUGAACUUGCCAAAAUCAUUAGAACAUGAUGUGGAGAAACACAAUCAGAGUAUUUCUCUUGCUCGAGUUUCUGCACCGGCUACGGAAACAAAAUAUACUGAGCGAUCUAGAAAUGAUAUAUUAGAAGACUGUAAAAAACUCGUGAGUGAGAUACUGAGGGAACACCCGGAGGGGUAUAAUAUUGGUGCUUUCGGAAGACUAUUUGUUGAUAGGUAUGGCUAUCAUCUUGAUAUACAGAAGCUGGGUUAUCAAAAGUUGGCAGCCUUGUUACAGAUAAUGCCUGGGGUUAAAUUAGAGUCCACUUAUAUUUUUCCUUCUGUUCCUGCUGUCUGUGAUUCUGACUUGGAAACUUCUAUCCUCAAAACUCAAGCAACCACUGAUAUUCAUGCAGCUUCCAACUCAGAUAGUGAAUUAUCUGAGUCAGCCCCGAAAGAUGAUAACAUGGAAUCCCCAUGGCAGGAGUUAGGUCCUGUUUCUUUGGAUUUGAAGUCAAGUCAGAAAGCUAUAGAACUGGAUACAUCAAAAUCAAAGCAUCUUGAUUAUGAACCUGUCGAAUCAGAUGAUGAGUUUUCUGCAUCUGAAGGAGAUGGCUCUUGUUUAACUCAAUCAGCAGAGCAAAGAAAGCCAAAAUGUAAUGAACAAGACAGUUCUUUUUGGCAAGUUAUGGAUUUGCGGCACAGUAGCAAGGAAAAAGAGAACAGUGGCAAGAAGUCAGACAAUGUUGACAGCUUGGGCAUUUCUCUGGCUGGAAUUUUAGAUUCAUCCACUGAGUCAACUGGGGAUACCCUUUCCGAAAUUCCUUCAUUGAAAUACAGAGAGAAUAAUGGCAAGAAGUCAGACAAUGUUGACAGCUUGGACGCUUCUCUGACUGAUUUGUUUAAUUCAUCCACUGAGUCAACUAGGGGUACACUUUCCAAAAUUCCUUCAUCAAAUUACAGAGAGAAGCAAAGGUCUCGUAAGAACUAUUCCUUUGUUGCUGAUCCAGUCUUACCUAACAAGGACAAGCUGGUUGAUGACUUCAAGAACAAGAAAGCAAAUGGGUCAAAGAUGCAAAACUGAGGAGUUCCUGGUGCAAGCAGGACCUGGGUCCUAGAAUUCCAUAAUAAGAAAUUUGGGAUUCUCAUAACUCAAUAUUACAGACAGAAUGCGAUGGCGAUGCAGUUCUUUAUAUCAAACAAUUGCAGUUUUAGCUGGCCAUGGCCAUGACAUUUUGAGGAAGAUUCCAAUGAUUUCUAGUUGCAACUCUGGAAAUUCUUUCCAUUUUAACAUUUACUGCAUGGUGAUUCUUAACUUUUGGAACGGUUGUGUUUUAUUUCAACAGGUAAUAGGAAAUUCUUUACUGCUGGAGCAGUUGAGUUUUGAUUUUGUAUGUGCUGUCUUGGCAGGUGAUCAUAGUACGGCGAUGAUUCAUGACACUCUUACAAUGGAGCAAGAGCCAUUAGACAUGGUAUUCAAUAAAGUGCAACCAUGGUUAAAUCUUUUAUUUUCAGUCUAGAAAAUCUCGUUUUAAUUUAAAAUUCUAAUAUUAUAUAGGAAUAUUGUGAAUUUGAGACUACUUUUAACACUGCGUAUUAGUUUUCUGUGAAUCUGUUUGCUGGUGUCAAUGUUCUGUCAUGCAUGUGCAGACUCUACUGCAUUCCAUGGAGUGCGGUGUUCACUGAAAAUUUGUGCACAUGAUUCUGAAUAUAACAUUUUUUUACCCUCAAAA